AAAGGAUAAUGCCAAAUAGACAACGACCAGCAUUGAACUUUGUCCACAACUCGAUAGAGAGAAUCUCAAUAGAUGAACCUAAACAGCUCGAUACGCCACACGAUUUCAUACACUACAAUUUCAUUGGUCAUUAGUUCGACUACACAAUUCUGGCUUAAAAUUCUGUCAUUUUCCCUUGUUUCACAGCUGAAACAAACUGCUGUUCUGUUGCCAUUAAUUUUAUCUGGGUUUUCUGAAAACAUUUUCAAAUUCGUAUUAAUUUUUAUGGGUCUUAAGAUUUUAGCUUAAUUUUGCAGAAUUCCAAGGAAUUUGAGAAUUGGGUUAUUUUUAUUUUCCGGGGUAGAAAAUGUUGCCAGUUUGCUCAGCCACCCGCUGUUCUUCUAACUCACAGAUCUUGUUAAAUGAUGGAGUGCGAUGCCUUACUCGAACGCAAAAAGUGUUUGGUAUUCAAUGUGUUUCGGUAGACACAACAAUUCCUAGCUUGUCAGGUGGUGUUUGUCCAGGGGCAUGCCUUCAGAAAGAAGCUGCAAGUUCUCUCAGUUAUGACUUUCAUGGAGGACAUAAGACAUUAUUGGAUGGAUGGAACUACACUACCGGAAGGAUGAGUGCUUCGUUUUUUAGAGGUGGACAACAUUUAACUUAUGUGGAGGACUCUUCUGCCUUAGUAUCACAAGAACAACUAGGAGACAACUUGGUGAAUAGUGCUGAUAUCUUGCUAGAAUCUUCUAGUGAAGGGCCUGUCUCGAUUUUGGAUCGUGUUGCUGACAGCACUAGUAACGUGCCUGAUACCUCUGGCAUCACUGCUGAGCCAUUGCCGUCUUCCAGCAGUAGUUUUAUGAAUAUUCUCUCUCAAACAAAUGAAUCAACAAGAGCUUCAUUUGGUGAGGGGGAGAAUGCCUUGAAUAGCUCUGUGGAUAAGAUUAAUUCGACGAUAUCAGACAUUGUCAAGGAUGGCAAUCAAGUAAUUGAAAAUCUAACCACGAAAGUUCUCUCUUCUUUUGAUCAAGCUGGUGAACUUACUAAAUCUAAAUUGAGCAGCCUUCCAAGUAACCUUAAGGAAUCCAGUAGUAAAGCUGGCAUUGUAGCUCUUGAGUUGUUAAGAAAGACUAUUUUUGUGGUUGAAGAUUCUUUGGUUAAGGGGAGUAAAUUUGUCUAUUAUUCGUAUGAUACUUCCAAAGAGCUUCUGCCGCCGGAGAUCCAGAAUGCACUUAAAUUAUUCGAGGAGAAAGCUACUCAAAUAUCAAGGCCAGUGGGGAUGGUUUUCUUACAGGUUUAUUCUGCCAUUGAAGGACUGGAGAGAAGCUUAGGCCUAGACCCCUCAGAUCCUAUUGUCCCAUUCAUUCUUUUCGUUGGCACUACGUCUACUUUAUGGGCUGUAUAUUGGCUGGUCACCUACAGUGGCUAUGCUGGAGAUUUGUCUCCUGAAUUGGCUUUUGAGCUCGUAUCAGGGAAGGAAAGUGCUGUUCUUGUUGAUACCAGGCCUGAGGAUCUGAGGCAACGAGAUGGAAUCCCUGAUCUUAGAAGAUCCGCUCGAUCUCGAUAUGCAGACGUAUCCAUGCCCAAGAUUGAUAGUUCUCUAAGGAAAUUAAUGAAGAGCAGCAGAGACCUUGAUGACACUUUGACGGCAGUGGUGAUUCGGGAUCUGAAGAAUGUUAAAGACAGAUCAAAGAUCAUAGUUAUGGAUGCUGACGGAAGUCAUGCAAAAGGCAUUGCUAGAUCCUUAAGGAAACUUGGGGUUAAGAGACCAUAUGUCCUCCAAGGUGGUUUCAAGUCCUGGGUUAAAAAUGGCCUUCGUGCUAAGGAGCUGAAACCUGAGACAGCAAUUUCUAUCCUCAAUGAGGAAGCUGAGGCAAUCCUUGAAGAGUUGAAUCCUACUCCUGUGCAAGUAUUGGGGGUUAUUGUGGGUUCUGUUGCUUCAUUCUAUGCAUUGCUAGAGUGGGAGAAAACUCUACAACUCAUUGGUAUUAUUGGCCUUGGUCAGACCAUAUAUCGUCGAGUGACUUCUUAUGAGGAUUCUGAAGAUUUCAAGAAUGAUGUCAGUUUGUUACUUUCUCCGGUGAAACUUGGAGCACAGGCCAUCUCACAGGCUACUGGAAAACUAGAAACUAACGGCAAUGGACUUCCAGUCUCUCCAUCAUCAUUAGAUAUCCAAAAUCGGGUGUUGCAAGCUGCAGCUAAACACGAAUCCCAACCUUUUGACAUCGAGGAAUCUCAAGACUCACUCCUUAACUCUACCACUGCAGUCGAUGAAAAUGUAGGCCAAUCAGAGGCAUAAUUGUCACGUUUCUAUGAACGAUUGUAUCUUGUACAAAUGAGAGCUUGGAUCAUCAUGCCGAAAAUGACAUGAGCUCUUCCAUCGUAUUUGUUUAUCAAUUGCACAUUCGUUCACUUGUACUGCAAGUCACAAUCACUUUGUAGAUAUUACUAUGCCAUGAGAAAUAAGGCGAGAUUUUGGGUUUGAUAUAAA